AUGGCCUUCCUACCUCAGCAUCUGUGCUCCCUGCUGAAACUCGACGAUCUGGUGGAGGCCCUCGACGAUGUCCGUGGCUACGAUCAACGAGUGCGACUAGUGCUGAAAAGCCUACAGGCCAAUUUCGGCGGCAUUCCACUGGAUCACGUCCAGAGUGAGGCCAAGUCGGCCGAGACGAGCGAAAAUCUGAGGCGUCGGGCCGAUCGACUGAUGCUCGGGGCCGGUUGCCGAGACGAGGAGUGGUUUGCCGCCCUGGACAUGUAUCAGCGAAGCGUCGCCCGAGCCCCGCCCAAGUCACCCGAACUCGCCCGAGCCUACGGAAAUCGAUCGACGGCACUGCUGAGACUGAACAAACCCCAGGACUGCGUCAAGGACAUCGAUCUGGCCCUGGGGAUCGGCUACCCGGAGCAUCUCAGGGCGAAUCUGCUGCGCCGAAAGGCCAAACAGCUGAAGAAGAUGGGCAGACGGGAGGAGGCCGACGCAGUGGCGGAGGAGGCGAGGCUGUGGCUGGACAAGGUCCAGCUGAUGGACCGCAAGAAGCGACGUCUGGAGGAGAGAAUCGACGCGGCGACCCGAGAUCCCGACUACGAGACGCCAGAGUCUCACAAACGACAGCUGCAGCGUCUGGAUCUGGCCUUGGACGACGGGGAGAGACACCCCCAGCUGGACAACUGCUCGACGGCCGUCGAUCUCGAUUACGACGCAGCCUCGAGGGGACGACAUCUCGUCGCCACGAGGACGAUUCGACCUGGUGAGCUUUUGGUUUUGGAGCCCGCCUACGCCUCGUGUCUGGCCACCAAGAGGAUCUACAGCCACUGCUCCCAUUGCCUCGCGAGAUUGUGGCAUAGCGUGGCCUGCGACUCGUGUGUCUCGGCCCUCUACUGCUCGGACGAGUGCAAAACUCGAGCUUGGCUCGAGUACCACGACUACGAGUGUCAAGUCAGGGCUCACCUGUUGGCCAUGUCGAUGAACGACACGAUGAUAUUCGCGCUCAAGUUGACCAUCAAAGCCGUGAAGGAGUUUGGGGGUGUCAUCAAGUUAAGGCGAGAAACAAAGGAUAUCGCCAAGUGCGAAGACUACCUGGCCAAGAGCUUCUCCAAGGACGGCGUUUACCGGAGCGAUCGAUAUCGGGCUUGCUACAGUCUGCUGAGCCACUCGGACCGUAGGAGGGAUCGCCACGAGCGGGUGCAAUUAUCACUGAGCUCGGCACUGAUUCUCCAUUAUCUGCUCAAGCUGACGCCGAUUUUUUGCGGCUUAGGAUCGAUGCGCCAAGGGGAUGAGGAUAUCGUGGCUGAGCUGUACGACAGUCGUGAGGCUCUGUUCGUCGGUAGGCUCAUCGUCCAGCAUUACAUGCAGCUUCAGAUCAACGGGGCUUUGUUCAACGAGUAUCGAGACUUUGAGUACUUUCCAAUAGGCGGAAUGCUCGGGCCCGUCAUGAGCCUGUUGAAUCACAGCUGCAACCCCAACGUCGCCAGGUGCUCCUUCAUCAAGGACAAACGAAUUUAUCAAGCUGUUUACGCACUUAAAGCAAUCGACGAAGGUGUCGAGUUGGUUGAAGAUUACGGCUGUCGUUUUCCUGGUACACCGAUCGAACAAAGAAGAAAAAAAUUAGCGCCUUACUUUUUCACUUGUACAUGCGAGGCCUGCGAAGGCAAUUGGCCACUGAUCGACGAUCUACCGUCCAUCAUUUCGCUCGUACCUGAAAAGAAUAAAUGUUUGGAGGUCGUUCGAGCCGUUGUUCGAAGCAAGAGAUGGGAACGGGCUAUUACGAAAUUGGGUCUGGAGUAUUACACCGAUGACAAGAUGGAAAUACUGCAGACUUACAUCGAUUCAAUCUCGAGAGUGAACGCGAUAACCCGAGAACCCAGCAGAGAAUUAACGGACAUGCUUGAGCAAUUUCGUCAAUGUUUCUGGUACAUCUAUGGAAAUCAAUUCGAUUAUAUUCCAUUUUUAUCGUGA